GCACGCUGGGAAGGAGAAAGCUGAAUCCGCCAUUUUAACUCGUUGAUUAAGAAUGGAAAAGGCGUGAAUAGAAACGUUCUCCGAGAAAAUAUUUGUGUUUUCGAAUAGAAAAAGACGCGAAUAUUGUUCUGCAAAAUUGUAAAAGCUUGGGAUCUAAAAGCAAGAAACCAGAAACGCUGGCUGAAACUCCUGACAUGGGAUCAGAUAAACGGAUCAGUCGCAGUGAACGCAGCGGGAGGUAUGGUCCAGAUCAGAGUCGGGACGACUUGGAGUGGCGAGAGCGCCGGGACAGAGACUCAGACCGCGAGUACGAGCGGCGCUGGAGCGAUGAGCGCAGGAGCGAGCGAUAUGAUGAACGCAGGAGCAGGGACAGUCCAGAGAGGGAAAGAAAGCGAAGAAACAGCGACAAAUCUGAAGAUGGUUACCACUCGGACGGUGACUACCAGGACCAAGAUUACAGGGGAGACAUGGGUGAAGAGAAAGAGAGCAAGACCAUCAUGUUGAGAGGCCUUUCACUUCAUGUCACAGAGGCAGAUAUUCGCGCUGCUUUGGACUUGUUGGAGGGACCCCAGCCCGCUGACGUCAGGCUAAUGAAAAAGCGGACAGGUAUAAGCCGAGGUUUCGCCUUCGUGGAGUUUUAUCACUUGCAAGAUGCUACCCGAUGGAUGGAGACCAAUCAGAAACUGCUGGUGAUUCAAGGAAAGCCAGUGGCCAUGCACUACAGCAACCCGAGGCACAAGUUUGAAGACUGGCUUUGCAACACAUGUGGCCUGUACAAUUUCCGGAGGCGGCUGAAGUGCUUCAGGUGUGGAGCUGCCAAAGUUGAAAGUGAGUCAGGCAGCCCAAGUGGAGCACCCGAGCCACAGCAAGGAGGAGAUUACUAUGGAGAUACCAUCAUCUUGAGAAACAUUGCCCCUCUCACAACAGUGGAAGCUAUUAUGACAGCUUUAGCCCCCUAUGCCAAUUUAUCAGUGAGCAACAUACGUCUCAUAAAGGAUAAGCAGACCGGUCAGAAUCGAGGCUUUGCCUUUGUGCAGCUCUCCUCCCCUCUGGAGGCAUCGCAGCUUCUCACAAUCUUACAAGGUCUCCAGCCCCCUCUUAAACUUGAUGGAAAGACUAUUGGAGUGGAUUAUGCGAAGAGUGCAAGGAAGGACUUGCUUCUUCCGGAUGGAAAUCGAAUCAGCGCCUUCUCUGUGGCCAGCACAGCAAUUGCUGCUGCUCAGUGGUCAUCUAGCCAGCCACAGCAAGGAUCAGACGCAUCUGUGGAUUAUGGGUACCUCCAGGACGGUUAUGCACAGUAUUCACAGUAUGGUCAGGAUUAUCAGUCGUACUAUCAGCAGGCUGGUACUGUUGAAGGUGCACAUGGAUCUGGCUUGCUUGGUGCUUGCCCUGCUGUAAAGUCAGCUCCUGCUGCUCCAGGAGUUGUGGUAUCUCAGAGUCCCCAAGUAUAUCAGCCACAUAUAAUAAGCCAACCUGUUACACAGGCACCUCAGGCAACUCCACAAACUGAGGUUGCUUCUCAGUCCACAACUGCUGCAGCCACAACAACUACUGCAGCAGCAGCAGCAGCAGCAACAGCAACAGCAGUGACUGCUGCAGAUGACAGCAAAUGUGCUGCUCCAGAUACAUCCACUUACCAAUACAAUGAAUCAUCAGGAUACUAUUAUGACCCACAGACAGGACUUUAUUAUGAUCCGAACACCCAGUACUAUUACAACUCGCAGACGCAACAGUACCUGUACUGGGACAGUGAGAAACAAACUUAUGUACCUGCUACGGAGGCACAGCCUGCUGCACAGACAAAUACCUCAACUCCUGCAACAAACAAGGAAACCAAAGAAAAGAAAGAAAAACCUAAGAGCAAAACUGCCCAACAAAUUGCCAAGGAUAUGGAACGUUGGGCAAAGAGCUUGAACAAACAAAAGGAAAACUUUAAGAACAGCUUUCAACCUAUUAACCAAAACAAGGAUGAGGAGAAAAAGGAAUCGGCUGCAGCAGAUGCAGGCUUUGCCCUCUUUGAGAAAAAGCAGGGUGUUGUGUCUGAGAAGCAGCAGCUGAUGUCUGAACUUGCAAAGAGUGGAGAAGAGGAAAAUCCUUUGAAGUGUGGGCUGGUGGCUGCGUACAGUGGAGACAGUGACACAGAGGAGAUGGAGCCGCCUGAGAAGGGUGAGGAGGGAGCAGACAAGCUCACAGAUUGGAAGAAGAUGGCCUGUCUGCUUUGUCGGAGACAGUUCCCUAAUAAAGAGGCUCUACUCAGGCACCAGCAGCUUUCUGAGUUACAUAAGCAAAACAUGGAAGUUUACAAAAGAACAAGAAUGUCAGAAUCAGAACUGGAGGCAUUGGAGCUAAAAGAGACAGAGAUGAAGUACAGAGACAGAGCUGCCGAAAGAAGGGAAAAAUAUGGCAUUCCAGAACCCCCAGAACCUAAAAAGAAAAAAUACUAUGAACCUCCUACAGUAAACUAUGAACAGCCCACAAAAGAUGGCCUGAACAGUGACAACAUUGGUAGCAAAAUGCUGCAGGCCAUGGGAUGGAAGGAAGGGAAGGGUCUGGGGAGGAACCAGCAGGGCAUCACUGCUCCCAUUGAGACACAGUUAAGGAUGAAAGGUGCCGGACUAGGGACAAAGGGCAGUUCAUAUGGUGUGUCUGCAUCAGAUUCCUACAAGGAUGCUGUCCGUAAAGCCAUGUUUGCACGGUUCACAGAAAUGGAAUAAACUGUCUGUUCUUCGGGACCUUGGUAAUCUUGCCUCUUUAGGACCUGGCCUUGUAGAAGAGGUGCUGCUUUCAAUAUGAAGGGCUUGAGUAAAGUUUUCUACCUUUUGAGACAAGCCGCUUGGAAUAUUCAUGCACCUUCCCCCAUUCAGAGGUAGGGGAAGGGGGACCCCAAACAAAUCACACCUUCUCUUUGGUUUCAUUGAAUCC